AUGUCUUGGGCCCAUCCGACAGAAACAAUAGAUGAGCAUUUCCCCAGUGUGGCAUUAGAAAACCGUACAAGGUCCGCAGAGUGCACGACCUGCCCGGACACAGGCGAUUGUCCGAGGAACAGUAACGCUUCCAAUAAGAGCGUUGAUUAUAGCCGAUCUCAGUGUUCCUGCAGAAGUUUAAGUUCUCGCUACGAUUAUUCAGAAGACUUUCUCUCUGAAUGUUCAGAAACAGCUGUCAAUAGAAAUUAUUUAGAGAAGCCUGCGGUAAAAGAAAAAGAGGAGAAGAAAAAGUAUAAUGUUUCUAAAAUCUCCCAACCUAAAGUUAACAGGUGGCCUUGUUACAGAGUACCACAAUACCUGGAUUUCAGUGGCAUCUUGCCUUUCAUCUUAGCUGAAGAAUCAAGGUUUGAAUCGCCAAAGAAAUAUAAAUACCUGUCUCAACUCCCCAAGAAGAUGGUCUCCAAGUCCGGCAAGAAGGAAAUCCCAGCUGAAAAAAAGCACAGCUGGAACGCACCGUGUUUAAAUUCUCAAAUCAAUAUGCUGACCCAGAGAAGAGAUGCUGUGACUCAUCGCGUACUCUCAGCGAGGCUUCAUAAGAUUAAAGAACUAAGAAAUGAGUUAGCUGAUAUACAUCGGGAACUGGAAGCCACCGUCACAGAAAACCAAUUUUUGAAACAACUUCAGCUUAGGCACUUGAAAGCUAUAGGGAAAUAUGAGAAUUCACAAAAUAAUCUACCUCAAAUUAUGGUUAAACAUCAGAAUGAAGUAAAAACCUUAAGGCAGCUGCUUAGGAAAUCCCAGGAACAGGAAAGAAGCGUAUCUAGGAAACUCAGAGACACCGACGGCCAGCUCCUGAAGACUAAAGAUGCCUUGCAGGCCCUGCAGAAACUUUCUGAGGACAAAAAUCUUGCAGAGAGGGAAGAACUUACUCAAAGAUUGUCUAUUCUUACCACAAAAAUGGAGGCAAAUGACAAAAAAAUACAGAGCUUGGAACAACAGCUAAGGUUGAACAAUAAAGCCUUUAAUCGGCAGUUGGCCAUUGAGAACCGCAAGACUUUAGCCGCUCAAACAGCAACAAAGACUCUGCAGAUGGAAGUAAAACGCCUUCAACAAAAACUUAAGGAGAAAGAUCGAGAGCUUGAAAUUAAAAACAUCUACACUAAUCGGAUACUUAAAAAUUUACAUGACAAAGAAGAUUAUCCAAAAGUUUUUUCAACAAAAUCAGUACAAGCAGACAGGAAAAGUUUUUCAUUUUCAAGUAUGAGACACCAGGAAACCCAAAAAUCGGAAGAUGGUCCAUCUUUGACAACUAAGGGUAAAAAGACAACAGGAAACAUUGGUCACAAAGAGAAAUCAAGUGCAGUCAUCCAGGCAGUUCUUCACACUCCCAGCAAACUGCCAAACCAGGGGGAUUCCAAGAGAAAAUAUCAAGAUUUAUCAAAGGAAGAGGAACACUUGGAGGUACAACCACCUCUGGAGAAUACUGGAAGACAAAGAGAGAAAAAAGAAGAUCAAGAAAAGAAAACCACUUUAGUGAAAGAAGAAGAACUACCACCAAAAAGAAUUCAAGCAAUUCAGGAAAGGGAAGACAAUCAGGAAGAAGAUACAGUAAAAGAAAAGUUUAAGAGAAGUCUACAAAUCAAUGACAUGGAUGAGAUAGCUGAUAAAAAUGCUGCUCCAAAUAUCAAAACACCCUUCAGACAAAGAAAGCAUUAUUCAUUCACAGAAGCGAUCGAAAACCUGCAUCACGGGCUCCCUGCUUCUGGUGGGCCAGCCAGCACUGGCAUCAUGAGAUGCAAUCACGGUACAAGCAAACAUCGCAGUAACGCAGAAGAACUGAGGCUAGAACACUCUGCCGCUGGGUAUGAACCCUCUUUUGGUAAGUCUUCCAGAACAAAAGCAAAAGAUACGACUUUCAGAGACAAGAAGAGCAGUCUAAUGGAAGAACUCUUUGGAUCAGGCUGUGUCUUAAAAGAUGACCAGACAAGUACUGAUGUUACUAAAGGGUCCGAGGAGACUCUGAAAAGUAAGAAGAUGCCCCAUCUACCUCCCAGUCAGGCCUCCGCCAGCAACGCUUUUGGAGAUUCUAAAGUAACUGUGGUAAAUUCUAUUAAGUCCUCUUCACCUACAGAAGGAAAAAGAAAAAUAAUUUUUUAAAUAUAAUCCAUA